UUCAACAACUCCAUUUCUUCAGGUAGCUCCUGCCAAGAACUCAACUUAGAUAUAAAUACACUUGCAUAUCCUCCAAUCCAUCAAGAAAAAUACUAAAGCAAACCUUCCUGAACUUUUAGGUGUUUUCCCUUGCCAGAAACAUCAGAUGGAAUCGUACAAACUCAUUUCUAUACUUCUAAUCUUCACAAUUGCAUUCUCCACUUCAGCAAGAAUGCUUGAUGAGCAACCCUCAAACCCGUCAAAUGCAGUUGUGACACCUGUCACUAAUGUACCACAAUUGCCCACCCCAUUAGGCACACAACCUAGUCCUAGUGUGGCUGCAGCCACUGGUGUGAAUGUUGCCAACCCUGACCCUGACCACACCCUAACCUUCUACAUGCAUGACAUUCUAGGAGGUUCAAACCCAACUGCUCUAGCGGUGACUGGUGUUGUUAGCAACCCCGCAAUCAACGGUCAACUUCCAUUUGCCAAACCAAAUGGUGCAAACCUCCCGGUGAGCAAUGGAAUAAACCAAAAUAGUGGUAAUACAGGUCUUAUAAACAACAACAACAUUCCAUUUCUCACUGGCCUUUCUGGCAACACUCAAGCUGUGUUGCAGAACAAUGGCAACAACAACUUGAUCAAUGGGGCAUUAAACUUCCCAAUCACAGCUGGAGGCCAACUUCCUUCUGGGUCUACUCUCCAAAAACUCAUGUUUGGAACAAUGACUGUCAUUGAUGAUGAACUGACAGUAGGACAUGAGCUAGGUUCUGGCUUCCUUGGCAAGGCACAAGGGUUCUAUGUGGCUAGCUCAAUUGAUGGAACCAGUCAAACAAUGGCAUUUACAGCCAUGUUCGAGAGUAGCCACUAUGCUGACACCCUUAGCUUCUUUGGGGUUCAUCGUACCGGUGUAUCGGAGUCUCAUUUGGCUAUCAUGGGUGGUACUGGAAAAUAUGUCAAUGCAAAAGGUUUUGCCAUUGUUAAGACUAUACCAGCGACUAAUCAACAGCAGGAGACUGAUGGCUUAGAGACGGUCCUAGAGUUCACUGUUUAUGUUACCUAUUAGAUAUGACCUGAGAAUUGAAAAUACGUGGAUUUUUAAGGUACUGCCUAGAAAAGAAGUGAAAUUUGAUGUAAUUUAUUUGGAAUGUUUUAUUGCUAUGAAUCUGAAAAAGAAAGAAAAAUCUACAACUUGUUUGGCUAAUCUUGUCUAAACUUUAAAAAACGAACUCAUUUCUUCAAUGCUAUCCUUGAGCAGCUAUAACUUGUCAUAUUUACAUAUAACUUGUCAUACUUACAAAGUUUGUAAGAUCUCUUCAGUUACUGUCAAAUUUCUUGUGGUAUGAUUCUCGCUUAGGGUGCGAGAGGUCCCGAGUUCAAUUCUCGGAAUGCCCCUUUCAAAGAGGUUUACAUUUAAAAUAAUAAACUUCAGUUUGUUCAACAGCAGGUACAGGUCCCGAGUUCAAUUCUAGGAAUGCCCCUUUCAAAGAGGUUUACUUUUAAAAUAAUAAUGAUGUUAGGGACGGCUGCAAAUGAAGCUACUGAAAAAUUUUAAUCAAGUAUAAAGAAGAACAAAGGGAUGAUGA